AAGGGUUUUCUACCUCCCUCCUCUUGGGUACAGAUGCAGGCUAUGAAACAGUUUAGCUACAGUCUAGAGUUGGCUCUUCAGCAACAGACUGCCCUACUGCUCAUGUCACCUGUCAUCUUGUAUUUUUAGUUUGAUGUUGUCCUGUGGGGCAAGAGGACAUGGGGACCUGACACCAUGCUGAUCUUGCUUGUUCUGCCUGUGCUAAUACCAAAGGCAGAAUUUUCCAGAUAAAGCCUAUGAUUUGCCCACAUCAACUUGAGCCAUUGGGGCCUUCAUACAUAAAGGUAUAGUCCAACGACUAUAAUACUUACUCGCCUGAUCCACCCUCGGUGAGCCUGGGUGAGUAGCAGGCUCACAAGUAGUCUUCGCACACGGCGCUUCAGCCCACUUAAGUGCCGUCUGACUGCUUCUCGGUCCUCAACGGAUCUGACCAACGUCCGUUGGAACCCUCAGGCCACAGUGUUCAGAUUUUUAGGUUUGGCUUCAGCAUCGGCUGCUGACGCCACUACUUGUUCAGGCACCAUGCUGUUUACUUCAACGUCAAAUGCUUCUACUUCUGCUGCUGCUACUGGGCUCUCUUUUGGUGCUCCAGCAACUUCAAUGGGCACAUUUGGUGGCAUAACUUUGGGAUUUGGAUUAAAAUUCCCUGGAGCAGGUGGAGCAGCUCAUACUGCAUCUACUACAGCAUCAACAACGACUACUACCACUGUUACCACGACCACCACUACUACAACCACUAGUGGCUUUACCUUGAACCUAAGGUCACUGACAUCAGCUGGGAUUAAUAACAUUGUUCCAGUCGGUAUUAAUUCUCUACCUUUUACUUCGACUGUUAAUGCAAUUGUAACUCCUGUGAUGACAUAUGGUCAGCUAGAGGGUCUGAUAAACAAAUGGAGCCUUGAUUUAGAAGAUCAAGAGAAGUACUUUCUUCACCAGGCCACUCAGGUCAAUGCUUGGGACCGUACAUUGAUUGAGAAUGGUGAGAAGAUUACUACUUUACAUGGAGAAGUGGAAAAAGUGAAACUGGAUCAACAGAGGCUGGAACAAGAAUUAGAUUUUAUUCUGUCACAGCAGAAGGAACUAGAAGAUCUCUUGACCCCUUUAGAGGAGUUUGUGAAGGACCAGAGUGGGUCUGUGUAUCUGCAGCAUGCAGAUAAGGUGCAUGGGAAGACUUACAGAUUAGCAGAAAAUAUAGAUGCUCAGCUAAAACGAAUGGCCCAAGAUCUCAAGGACAUUAUUGAGCACCUGAAUACAUUUGGAAGUCCUGCUGACACUACUGACCCGCUCCAGCAGAUCUGCAAAAUUCUGAAUGCUCAUAUGGACUCUCUACAGUGGAUUAAUCAGAAUUCAGGCAUGCUGCAAAGGAAAGUAGAAGAGGUAACACAGGUUUUCGAGGAUCAUCGUCGCACGGAGCAGGAAAACCAUAUCAGAAUUGCCUUUGAUUGAAUGACCAUAUCUUCAGCAUCUUGUUCUGGGAUUAUACAUUACCUAAAAAUUGUGAUGAUGUGAAAUGGAGUAGUAUUCACAAUUAUUACUUAAUUUUGGUUGCAAUAGAGUGUACAUGUGGUUGGUUUGGGUUUUUUUCAUUUAUAUAUUGUGCUGUUGAGAAUUAUACUGUAGUUUGGCUCUUAAUAUUAGCAAAUCUGAACUAUAUUAGCCCUCUUGUCUCUAGGCAGCAACCUAAUAGAUGUUGACUCUGUGUGUGUAAUUUGUAUCUUAAACUCUCCUAGAUUCCAUAUUCUACCAGCAGCACACAUUGUCCUUCUUGCUCUGACCAGAUCAUCAAGAAAUGUUGGCCAAGAAACAGAUGCCAACCAGUCUUUACUGGGUGCCUGUUAACUUUCAACAUAUAGUGCAAGAUACUGUGGUCUUUUUCCUCAAAGGAACUUACUGUCUAGUUUGGGAUAUAGUUAGUGCCUGUCUGUAUGAUAACAAUAUAGAAAAUACAAAGGAGUGUGUUAUAAGUUACAGAAGGUAUUCUAUAGAAAUUUGGAGAAGAAGAAAUGUUAGGGUGGAUUUCAGUCUUGAAUUAGGUUAUUUUUAAAAGGGUAAGGUUCAGGCAAUUCAUUUAUUUUUGAUGUACAAAUAACCUACUAUUUUAUUUGGUUUUAGCCUAUGAUUUAGUUGUUGGUUUUUGUGUAUUUUGUUUUUUCAAGAAAAAGCCUUGUUCUUAGCUUGGGAACAGUCUGAUCUCUUGUGUUGCAUGUUUUACCUAAGUCAUAAAUAAAGGUGAUAUUCUAAAAAAUAAAAGUGUAACAUGAAA